UCUCUGUUUUUGUUGGGUUGGUGUCUCCGUGAGUUCAAAAUUGUUAUUACUUUACUUCAAAGACCCGCUGGGAAGUGUGUCUACCCACUUUGUUUUGUGAAAGGAUGCUAAUUUUUCUUAUUGAUCGAUCGAAAGCCAAAUUCUUCAAAAAAUUACCGAACUCAUCGAAUCCGAGAGCCUCCUUUUACGUUAUUUUGCAGUUUUCUUUUCUUUGGAGGUGCGCAAACUGAUGUUUAUUUAAUGACUUCAAACUCGUGAUUUAAUAAAUCGGCAGUAUUUCUCGAUGUUCGCCCGAGAAUCAUUUCUUUCGUUGCGUGGGAUUCUGCAAAGAAGGAAGUGAUGUGAUGCGAGACAAGCGUUAUUGGAAACAUCAAUUGUGUUAAAAAUUUCCACGCAGACGAAAUAUCUGUUGAUUUUGACAAAGGUGCGGAAAUUUAAAGACAAUAUUUGAUUUGUGUUUGUCAAACACAGAAAUCUCCGCUUGCCUAAAGGAAGUUGAAACAGGGAAAGAAUAGUUACUGAAACAGCUCUCAUCAAUGCUGGUCUUGGAACCUUUACUGGAUUUGGUACAAACUUUGAACUUAACGGCGGAGAGAGGAGAGCGUUUCUCGUUAGAGAUUAAAAAACUGGAGCCAAGAAGAUUUAGUAAACUGGAAAAUGCGGUUUAUUAAAGUUUUAUUUACGAGUUUUUUUAGCACCAGAAUUUAACGACUACAAUCGCAUCCCCAACAGGGAUCAAACACUAUUUCAAACAUGAGUGAGUAUCAUGAUAUGGAAGAAGACAAUCAUUUCUUCAACGAUUCUUCAUUAGAAGCCUCUAAAGAAAUACCGCGUACACUAUUCUCGCCCAUAAUUCAAGUUUCAGAAGACGACGAAGAACGUAACAAAGCCGCUGAAUUUUCAAACAAAAAUAAUCUUGAAGUGCCAGCUGUUUUAUUGUCACCUUGUGCGCGAACAAGCAUGUCUGAACAAAGUUUGAUAAGAAGAAAUUCGAAAGAGUUUCUCGCUCCGCCAUCAUUACAAAAUGUCUCUAUGACUUCAUUUAGGCCUAGGAAAUUAUCGCUCUCUGUUCCUUCAUCUCCAUCAACUUCUGAGUUUUCACUUGACAACGACGCAAGUGUCUGCCAAGACCAUACGCCGAAAAACGAGAGUAUUCAUCAUGCUGAUUCAAACAGCCGACUGUCUUGUAAAAGUGCUGACGAAGUACCUCUCGCCUGCUCUUGUAGCGUUCAAGACAUUUCCGUGAAAUUAGCGCGAGAUUCUUCAGCUUCUUUGAACAGAUCGGGAGAAAUUUUGACUAAGCUGAACGAAGGCGGUGUUUGUUUACCUGUUGCCCGUUCCACACCGAACUUACAUCGGAACAAAUCAACCUGUUGCGGGCAUCCGUCCAAACAACUUUGUUGUUUAAUAGCCACAAAUUACACACCUAUGUCAACACCAAGUUCAGAAGGUUUAUCUUUCGAAUUUUCAAACCAAAUUCUCAACGAGGAAGUCACAGACAAAGACACUCUGGCUGACGAAAUCGUCUCUCCAGUGGUGUGCGACACAUUCAUAAACAGAAACGAAUCGGAAAAUGACUUGAAUCGUCUUUCGACAACCAAACCGAAGAGAUCCUCGAGCGUGGGUACACAAAGCUACACUACACCACAAAACGUCCCAAUUCCAAUGAGUGGAUCUACUUGUAAACAAUUAUCGACCCCUAAUUUAAGGCUCUACAGCAAUCCCCUUGCAGUUCCAGUGCCUCGAGAAUGGAGAUCAAGCGCAAAGUCUGUUGCUUCAGUGGGGGAUAGGUUGAAAGUUGAACAGUCAGGCGAAAGAUUAAAAAACCUCUCGAGCGCCAGGUUGAAGAAAAAGUCAUCGUUUCUUCAUCCAGACAUGGCCCAUUUUUCCGACUCAAACCAUUCUUCAGAGGGAAGUUCAAAAUCUCUAUUGCAAGAUCGUCCUUCCGAAGUUUCCUAUCUUAAAAGGAAAAAAUAUUCAGUUCAGAAAUUUACGCAUGCAUCGUGUAGCAUCAACAGUUCUACAUCUUCAGCAUUUGCGGAAUCUUCAGGUAGAAGCGAAACGUCCAUAAUGAAAAGUUUUUUGUCGCUAAUAUCUCCGUCGAAAUUUCUCUCCAAGUUCCACAGCUCCUCAAAACAUAGCAUCCGCAGUACGAAUUCGCAUUCAUCUCGUCGUAAACGACCAGAAAUUGAUUUCCCCGACGACGACAAAAUUGUUGUUCUGAAUGUGAGUGGCAGACGUUUCCAAAUUCGAGAUUAUUUUCUUUCCAUCUAUCCAAACACAUUGCUGGGAAGUAAAGCAAGAAAUAUUUUUUAUGAUAAGAUCAAGAACGAAUUCUUUUUUGACCGCGAUCCAGACACCUUUCGCUACAUUUGGAACUUUUAUCACUCUGGACAGCUCCAUUGUCCGCGAGAUGAUUGCGUCCAAUCUUUCUUAGACGAAGUGGCGUUUUUCGGGUUGGACAUUAGUAUGCUUUGUGAGUGCUGCUGGUUCGAGACGUUUGAAGCAGCUUACGAAAGAUUAAAUAAGAGACGAGAGGAACAAGAAGCUAAGGAUAAAGAGGCCGCAAAGGCUGUCCAUAGCAUUGAUCCAAACGCCUCCUUUAGAGAAAAGGUUUGGCUUACACUUAAAGAACCGUCUGUUUCUUUAUAUGCGAAGAUUUUUUAUCUGAUAAGUGUCACCGCAAUUGUGAUCAGCGUGGUGGCAAACACGACUGAAACAAUCGCGUGUAAAGGAACGAUACGAAUUUGCAAAGAGGAAAACGAGAACACUUAUUUCUAUAUUGAUACAGUCUGUGUAGGUUUCUUUACGUUCGAGUUUGUCUCGCGGUUGUUAACUUGUCCAAGCCGUCUUAAAUUUAUCAUCAACCUCAUGAGUAUCGUGGAUCUGCUCGCAAUUCUGCCGUAUUACAUUGACUUGAUCUUAAACGCUCUGUCGUUUGACGCCCAACUCGGCAUGAAUGCUCUAGUGGUGUUACGAGUUUUAAGGAUACUUCGCAUCUUCAAACUACUGCGCCAUUCUAAGAGAUUAAAACAGUUGAUCCAAAGCAUGAAGGAUUCUGCCACUGAGUUAGGCCUGAUAGGAUUCCUGUAUAUGGUCAUGGUUAUUUUAGUUUCGAGUAUCAUCUAUUUCGCCGAAUAUUCCGAGGACACACAGUUUUCCAGCAUUCCCGAAGCCAUGUGGUACGCAGUGAUCACAUCAACUACAGCAGGUUAUGGUGAUAUCAUACCCGUGACACUAGCUGGUCGGCUGGUGGGAAGCGCCUGUUGUCUGUUUGGAGUGCUUGUCAUUGCUUUACCUGUACCCAUUCUGCAGUUCAAGUGAAGUGUUAACGACUGUCACCAUCAUAUUUAAUGACAACGCAUGGAUAAGAGCAAGUGAUCUGUCUGAAUACAUGAAUACAAGUUUCAAGGUCUCUUAAAGGUUCAGGAAGUGACAAGAAACAAUGGUAUCCUGCUUACCACAGACAACAAUACCAGACAACUGUUUCAUAUUGUACAAUAGUACUAAACUGAUUUUUAUUGCAAUUCUUCCUUGGUACGGAAAAUAUUGAAUUAACAGACGUUUGUCUUAAUUGGUUUAUUUUUCUAGAACAUAUGUUAAAUAAUGUCACACACAUAUUAAUGGUUAUUAUUAAAGGAAAAGUAGACAAGAUAUAAUCAGUUACAUCUCCUCUAUUCAUUGGUGUAGAUUAAAAUUUUCUUUGCAGCACUGUAAAAGAUUACAAUGGGUUACCGAGAUUUUUUCAAAAGUUGUUUUGAAAUGGACGCCGCCAUUUU